AUGCCGGCCCAGUAUCCUGAUAAUAUGGAACAGUUGCUUGCAUUCGCGGAUAACAGCAAGUUUGACUCGUACAGUGUCAAUGAGAAUUCUGUUCUUGAAUAUCUUGAAGAUCAGGAACUGAACACAGGACAGGGAAUGCGUGAAGUAUUGCCGGCGAUGAUUGUUGCAGCGAAAAAUGAUUCAUGGAUGGUAUCAGGAGCUUCGACAAAAUGUAAUACAGCACUGGGAAGUUCAUUUGCAAGUGAUCAGGAUGUUUCUUCGAAUUCCGGUUGA